UUGCGAAAAUCUAUAUAAGUGCACUAUCUUAAAAGAAGCAAUGCCUACAAAUAGUUAAAAGAUAUUAGUAAAGACAAUUUCAUGGAAACAUUAAAUAAAAAAUAAUCUGUUCCUUUUGUCCGUUAGAGAACUAAGAUAAAAUACCAGAGUAUAUGCUUAAAAUUAAUGUAUAUGAAAUGUGUUAAAAAUUAAAGAAAAGUGUUAAACUGUGUGAACUUCUUUUUCCAUACUUACUUAAUAAUAAUAUAGUGCUUAUCUAUUUAGUAAUAUAAGGUAAAAGUACAUUUAAAUGUGUCGAAAUAAAUCGAGACAGAAGUUAAAGCGAGUAUGGACCAUAUUACUACUGAGCAAAAGAAGUAAAAGGGAUUUAUAAAAAAAAAGCAAAACAAAAAAUUUACGCGGCCUUGCAUUGCAACAGGCGGACAACAGGGUUACGUUUAAUAACACUAACUAAAAAACAAAUAAGUGUUGAUUAGGCCUGUGACCUAACAAAUACAAACUUACAUACAAAUAUCGGGAUUAUCAAAAAAAUUUACGCUGUCUAAAUCUUUUUAAGAUUGGAAAAAAAUAUUAUAAACAAAGAACCCUUUAUGAAAAAACAAGUUGGACAAAAUGUGCUUAAAGAAGUGGUAACUUUAUAAAAUUCGAGUAAUCAUGACUACUAAGAUUAUGAAAGUUAAGAGAAAUUUUUAAAAUAUAAACAAAUUUAAGCGAAAUUCUUAAAAUGUAUCCAGUAAUUAAUAUACUUAAAAUAUAAAACAAAAAGUUUACUAAUGGUUGAUAAACAACGGAAUUUAUUAGUAGGUUACUACAAAUACCUAUAAUGCCACACUGUGAAACAAUUAAUGAUGAAAGCAUUUUGCACUCAAACGAAUUAAUAAAUUACCAGAAAUAUAGGCGCAAUGAGGAACUACAAAAGAACAUUUUUAACAAAAAAUCGUCAAUCAAUUUGCGAACGGGCCAGGUCACUGUUGGUGACCAAUAUACGCAAUUAACUGACAACAGAAUAGCACAAAAUAAUUGCAAUGAUUUGGAAAAAAUCCUUAUUGUACCAUCAAGUAGCUCAGGCGGAAUGGAGGCAUCGUUAUCCGAACUCCUAUUAAUUCCGCCAAAAACAAUUUCUCAGGCUUGGCAAACCGCAGAAGAAAUAGAAAGCUGGCAAGAUGACGGGUUUCGCCAACGAAAUGAACUGUUUUCUUGUAUUUAUACAAAUAGUAUGCUAAAUCAGCAGCAAUGCUCGCAGCAGCAGCUAUUGGCCACACAACUCUUAUAUGCUCGACUUCUUCGGUCUCAGUUAGCUGAACGGGAAUCCCAGUCGAAUAAGUCCAACAUGGUUCAUUAUUCACUAUCUAAAAAGACCAUGCUUCGACAAGAUGAGCUUCUAUCAACCCCAUCAUCGCAGGAUAAUAAUAACAAUAUUAAGUUAAUUAAUGAUAUCGAAAACAGCUUAGGUUGUGUAGAUCCCCCUUUGUUGGAUUUUUCUACCGUUCGUCAAAGCCAAAGAGCAGAACAAAAAAAGAAGCAAGAAGACAACAAUUGUUACUCACCAAACUUAAAAUCGAACAAGGAAGCAAUAGACGGGUACGACCUACAACACACAUGUGAUUUUAUCAGGGAACAAAAAAACGUUCUUAUUGACAUUAAAAAAAAACUCGAAAAUCUCUCCGAGAUCUCAGGUAAAUUUAGGAAAAGGUUAGGUGCUCGUCAAAGUCACAUUGAAGUAAAUAAUGGCUCUGAUUCAGCCCUUGAGGAAAUUGUAGGACGGCACCUUGAUGGAAAUCGGAAAACUAUUGAAAGUUUACUGGAAGAGGUAAAAAGAUUGUAUAAUCAAUGGAGCAGCGCUGAGCUCUAUUAUGUUCGCAGCUUACAACGCUUGGGACUCUCAUCAGAGGAAGGAGGUGACUAUACACCUACACCAACACAUACUAUUAUGGCAUUGGCUGCUAUAGCACUGUCUAAUGAAAGUGGUAUUUCGCCACAGAAAUCGUCUACAGAGCACUCUAAACUCCUAGAUGUUGAAAGCGAGUCCGCUUUGUUUUUGACCUCAGCAAAACCUAAAACGUUGGUCGAAAUAGAGAAUAUAAUAUUACAACUCGCAUCAUCUGGUAAUAUGCAUCAAUAUAGCGCUGCUAGUACCACUCCUGGAGCCUACAGUGAUAGUUUUAAAAGCGAUGGCGAAGAUUCAGACUCAGCACCCACUUGCAUUUGGCAUUCGACAAGUCGAACCUUUCGCCGCAAAAAAGAGGUAGAGCCUUGUAGCACUGCAGCUGAGAUUAUUUUAGAAUAUGCUUCAUUGUCUUCAACUUCGAACGCUGAUACCUCACGCCUGCUUACAUCUGCAUCAAAAAUUUCAGAUGUUACUGAAAAUUAUAAUGUCACAACACAAUUGCCUAUUAUGUUUAAUUACAAUCGAGAAAGUUCAGCUGUGUCAAUCAUUACCGAUCCUUCCAUUUUCCCCGAGUUUUCUACUGCACCUUCAACUCCAUCUACUAGUAGUAAUAGUGGAUGCUCUACUGGAAUAGCUUCUGGAAUUUUCGGCUUAAGUCAAAAUCGAAGAAAACAAAGACUUGCAAGGCGCAUUGAAACUCUAACUACAAAUUCUUUUAAAUCGAAUGCAAUAAGGGGUAACGGUGACAAAGAAAUCGUUAAUCAGCUAAAAAUAUUGCCAUCAAUUACAGCAUCGCCAACUGAAAAUGUUUCCUCCCUAAUUACUAACACUUUGGGUUCGCCUAAUGCCUCUUUAAGAUCGCAGGAACUUUCCAUAACUAACAUGUUCAAAGAACGAGUAAGCACUUUACAGGCGAAUACCGGAUCUAUGAAGUCUGAAAAUUUUCCAAUGCUAGAUGAUUCCCCAUACGACUUAAGUAUUGGAAGCAAGACAAAACACAUGAACCUGGAAACAAAAAACCCAUCAAAUACGCAAUCAAAUGACUCGAAGGACACAUCAAAUGAUAAAAAAAAACCCCAUAUUAAGAAACCACUGAAUGCGUUCAUGCUCUAUAUGAAGGAAAUGCGUGCUAAGGUUGUUGCCGAAUGUACACUAAAAGAAUCCGCUGCUAUUAAUCAAAUUUUAGGAAGACGGUGGCACGAACUUUCCCGCGAAGAACAAAGCAAAUAUUACGAAAAAGCUCGACAAGAGCGUCAAUUGCAUAUGGAAUUGUAUCCGGGGUGGAGCGCACGAGAUAACUAUGGUUACGUGUCAAAAAAGAAAAAGCGAAAAAAAGACAGAUCGACAACGGAUUCGGGAGGUAAUAAUAUGAAAAAAUGCCGCGCUCGUUUCGGAUUGGAUCAACAGAAUCAGUGGUGCAAGCCGUGCAGGCGCAAAAAAAAAUGUAUUCGUUAUAUGGAAUCCCUGAACGACAAUGGUCCCGCCGAGGACGGGAGUGUUUUUGAUGAACACGGUAGUGAUGACGACGAAGAUGACUUCGAUGAUGAAAAACUGGAAGGAAGUUGUGGAAGCGCCGACGAAACCAAUAAAAUAGAAGAUGACGACUCAGAAUCCCUAAAUCAAUCUAUGCCCAGCCCUGGGUGUCUUAGUGGAUUGUCCAGUUUACAGAGCCCAUCGACAACAAUGAGCUUGGCAAGCCCACUUAACAUGAAUGCCAAUUCGACAAGCAAUGUUGUAUUUCCUGCUACUUCUAAUGCGCUUUUAAUCGUCAGCUCAGACCAGCCAACUGCACAGCAACGGUCCACAUUGGUGUCAAAUUCGGGAUCGAGUAGUGGCUCAACCAGUAGCAUAAGUACAACCCCAAAUACGUCAAGUACAGUUUCGCCAGUUACGUGUACGACCGGCCCGUGUCUAGGUUCCUCUCAGGAACGAGCCAUGAUGCUUGGAAAUCGUUUUAGUCACUUGGGAAUGGGGUUAAGUCCUCUAGUAGUUAGCACUAGCACCAGUAAAUCUGAACCAUUUUUUAAGCCUCAUCCCACAAUUUGCAAUAAUCCUAUCUUUUCAUUGCCAUCAAUUGGUAACUGUAGUUUAAAUAAUUCUAUAAUGCCAAACACAUCCCGAAACCCUAUUGGUGCUAACCCACGAGAUAUUAAUAAUCCCCUUAGCAUCAAUCAGUUGACUAAAAGACGUGAAUAUCAAAAUGUUGAAAUGAUUGAAGCUAGUGAGUCAAAGACUAUAGUUGCCCAUGCUGCUACAUCCAUUAUUCAACAUGUAGCAGUGCACGGCUACCACGCAAAUCACUCGCUUUUAAAUAGCAGCUUAAACCAACAUUUUCAUCACCAAUUAAAUAACCGUACGGAAAAACCCAAUAGAAGUGAGCAGAAAAUGCUGUCCGUAAGUAGUCAUUCUGUAAAUAGCAGUGAAUGCCAUAAAGAAUCUGAUUCGCAGGCAAUUGCAUCUAGCAAGACUCCUAAUGCUGGCUCUUCCGAUAACGGCGUUAUUAGCGUUUCAUAACGGAUUGCAGUGGAUUUGUAGAAUUGAUUCAUAAAAUUUUAUUGUUUAUGUGUGAGAAAAUAAUUAAUAUUAAAACAUACGUGCAAUAAUUAUUAUUCUCGAGAGCCAAAAGCCAUCUUAUGAAACAGGAGGCCAUCAAAACUAGUGCCACGAAUUACAUCGCAAUAUUUGGUUUUUGUUUUUUUAAUAAAAAACAUCACAACAAAGUACACUGAGUCAUAUAAUUUGUGCACAAAAAUAUUUAGAAACGACUCCAAAAGAAGCCACCCUUAGAUAUUUCUAUAAAGAAACAUGAGUCAAAUCUCAAGUUAGGCCGUGCCAAAUAGAAUAAACAGACAAUACGCAUUAGGUUACAUAAACACUUGUAUUGCAUUUGACACCACAUCAAAUAGUACUUUCAUCUAGGGGUAUAGACUUCAAAGCUCUAUGGCUAUAUCAAUAAAACAAUUUUGUAUACUUCUUUUUAUUUUGCUUUAAAUUUUGUUAUAAUUAACUUUUUCUUUUACUUUUCAUGUUGUGAAUAUAAAUAGUUCCUGCAUUAAAAC